CGCACACAGUUCCCCUCACAUUUUUGCAUUUCCAAAUCCGCCAAUUCAACGAUCGACGAUGGGCCGACGAAGCCAAAGCACGUCCCGAAGCGCGUCCCGGAGCCCACGACGCAGAAGUGACCGCCGCGACUCGAGAGACCACCGUGACUCGAGAGACCACCGUGACUCGAGAGACCACCGUGACUCGAGAGACCACCGUGACUCGAAAGACCGCCGUGACUCGCGAGACCGCCGUGACUCCCGUGACCGGCGACGCAGUGAUCGAAGUCGCGAUAGAAGCCGAAGUCGUGAUCGCAGCUCGCGACGUGGAGAUCGCGACCGCCCAGUGCCUCAGAGCUUGCUUGUACGUGGCUUGACGCCCAACAUCACAGCGGAGCAGUUACGCGACAAGUUUUCUCGCCGCGAAGGAGACAUUCGAGACGUAUACAUUCCCAAGGACCACCUCACCGGCGAGCCACGUGGCUUUGCGUUCCUCGAGUUCAACGACAUCCGUGACGCGAGAGAAGUGAAGCAAGCCAUGGACCGCACGAAAAUCGACGGUGUUGAAAUUGGAGUGCUGUUUGCUCAGCAGCGACGCAAGACCCCCGAGCAAAUGCGUCAGCAAGAAGAAGAAGAGCGUCGAAACGGACGAGGUGGUGGCAGACGCAGCCCAGAUCGUGGCCGUCGAUCUACAUCUCAUGGUCGUUCUCGAUCUGUUUCUCCAUCGGAGAAGAAACGUCAACGACGCAGCAGCAGUGGCAGUCCGCGUCGUCAAAGUGCGAGCCCCAAGCACGGCUCCGAAGAUUAAUGUGUCGUUGCAGAGCGUCUGCCGUGGACUGGCGCGCAAGGAUGUGUGCCCAGCCACAACGUUUACCUCAACUACUUCAUCAUGAGGGAGAUUCAUUUAAACGAAUGUGAUCUCGAAGUCAACGCUUGGUGUUGAAGGAAGUCGUCAAAUGAAGGGAAUUAAGAAGGGUCAAUCGCAAGCAACACACGUCUACAUGACGCAAGAUAGAAGGGCUGUUGAACGAAAGCUCAAGAAUAAAGUAGAAGCCGAAGGCGAGGCCACCUCUGUCGCAAGGGAGGGAACCAUUCCCUUCACCGUGGUGCCAUGACUCCAAUGCUGCUUGCUAUCUGUGGUUCGCCAUAAGACCAAGUGCGCAAAAUUGUCUUGACGCGACUAGCCCCCGAUGAGGAUCAUGGGUCGGUUCUGGGCCUUGGCAAUCCCGUGCAUGUUCUGAUGGCCGCCGAGUGCAUACUUCUUUCGCUUGACUGCAGCUUGGAUGACCAAGAGCAAGUCGUCAUCCGAAUAUCCAUGGCGCAUUGCAUCGCGAAGACUCACUUCAGCGUUGCCAAAGAGACAUACUUUGAGGUUUCCAUCCGCCGUGAUCCGAAGGCGGUUGCACCCGCCGCAAAAGUGCUCGCUCAUGCUCGUGAUGAAGCUAAAUUGGCCAGGUGAAUCUGGCAACCUGAACGACUUGGACGUGUCGUUGAGGUGGUUCUCGAGGGGCUCGAUGACGGGGAAUUCGGCGUGCAGCUGCGACAACAUCUCGGCAAACGGGACAAAUGUUUGGUCAUUCCACCGGUUCUGGUCGAACGGCAUCCACUCAAUGAAGCGAACAUCCACGUUGAGAGUUGUGGUGAGUCGCACGAAGUCGACAAUUUCAUCCAAGUUGAAGUCGCGCAUCACAACGCAGUUCAGCUUGACUUGGACGGGUGAAGCCGCUACCGCCGCCUCGAUCGCUGCCCACACUCGUUGGAAUCCUUUGCGACGCGUGAUCUUGGCGAACUUGGCCUCAUUCAAUGUGUCCAGCGAGAUGUUAAGACGCGCAGGCACAGCGCACAGUGCGGCAAGGUGCUUUGACAGCGACAGUCCAUUCGUCGUGAUACCGAGCGAUUCAAUGCCAGGGAUUGCAUGGAGAGAAGUCGCCAACGACACAAUGUCUGGCCGGACGAGCGGCUACAUUAAGGACUGUUUAGUUGCCAUCUUAAUGCAAAUGUCCGUAGUCGA